AUGGCAGCCAUAAUGGAUUUAUGGAAAUUAGACAACUUUCCACCACAGGGAUUUUUCAGGACUUUUGGUAUUGGCUUCAGUAAUGGUCAGGUAUGGAAGGAGCAGCGUCGAUUCUUUCUCUCAGUCUUCAAAAGAUCGGAUUCUGAAGGGAUUGGGUUAGAAGAAAUCGUUGGAGCACAGGCAGGUUGUGUGCUAGCCGAGAUAGAAAAGAAGAACGGAACUGGCUUCGACCCACAUCCGAUCGUCCAGACGUCUAUUAGCAACAUCAUUGCGAAAAUCAUCACCGGAGUCACCUACGAGUACGACGACGUGGACUUCAAUCGCCUCAUGGCGCACGCAAACCGUGUGUUUGAUCUGCUUGGGCCGGCAGGCCUUCUAUCUUCCGUACCGAUACUCUCUGCGCUUCCGACACCAGCGCUUCGGCAACUGACGAAAGAAUGGGAUGGGGUGUUCGAUUUCAUUAGGAAAAGUAUUGAAGACCAUAAGGCGGAUUUCAACCCGAACCAGGAGCCCAGGGAUUUUAUUGAGAGCUAUCUGCAAGUAAUGGCAAACAUGAAGACAGAGAAUAACAAAGGCUCGUUCAAUGAAACCAACCUCUUGGCGUGUUCAUUCGAUCUACUUCUUGGAGGGCUGGAGACGGCGUCCACCAUUAUCUCCUGGGCCCUCCAUACCUUGGCUAGCUACCCAGAAGAGCAACGUCGGGUUCGUCGAGAGAUCCUCGACGUCAUUGGCCAGGAACGUCGGCCACGUUUCUCCGACCGUCACAAGUUGCCUAUUACCAUGGCAACCAUUACAGAGUGCAUUCGUUUCCGACCGUCAUUCGACGUCCAGUUCGCCCACGUUGCCCAAAAUGAUGCCAAGGUUGGCCGUUACGACAUUCCGAAGGGUACCGUGGUUUCGGUGAACAUGUCUCAUCUCUUCAUGAGUCCUUCCCUCUGGGAGGAGCCGCUUGAGUUUAGACCGGAUCGCUUCAUGGACGAGGAUGGGGAGUAUGAUAGGAAACGCGAACCGAUCUAUUUUGGAACAGGUCGACGGGUGUGUCCCGGAGAGCAGUUGGCACGGAUUGAGCUCUUUCUCAUUAUCACCUGUAUCUUGCAGCGAUUUACCAUCUCUCUCGCGGAAGGUGUCCCUAGAGACCUUUCUUGCUACCACAGUUUUACCAAUCGACCAGAUCCUUUCACGAUUCAUGCUGAAAAAUAGUAUAGAGUGUGGCAAUUCACUGUGGGCAAUGCAAUUCCAUGAUCUACGCUAUAUAUUUUUAUAUAAUUUUUAUUAUAUUUUCCAUUUCAUUAUACUUUUUCUUUCCUUUUUAUUGUCUAUUUUGUAUUUUAUUUCUUUCUUUAUUCAUUUUUCGUCUGUAAUUUUUUAUUAUUUUAUUCGUUAUUUAUUUAACAUAUAUUAUUUUAGGGGUGGUUUGUGUACAUUUGUGUCUCUUUUAUACCCAACAGUUUUUUUCUACCAUCAAUCCAUAUUGGAAAGAUCACACUGUUCACAGUGUGUUCACCGGAAGUUGGAGUAUUUGAAGAUGUCAUUCGCAAAUAAUGUUAAAAUGUUCCAAUCUAACAUCGGGAAGAUUUAAUGUCACACUGUGGACAUCUGCGCAAUUUUAAAGUGUUCACAAAAUGUUCAGGGAGUGUUUAAAUGGGCAAUGUUGAAAUGAAAUUCAUGGUGUUGUAUAUGUGAAUCUUAAUAGUGUGGAGAUGAUUAUGAAUUGUUUUCACACUAUGAACACUAUGGAUAAUCUAUGAACACUGUGAAAAAUACUAUGAACACAUUGCUGAUUCUUUUAACACUUUAUGAACACGCUUUGGACACAUUGUGAACACACUUAAGGAUUCUCUUAACACACUGUGGACACACUAUGAGGAUUCUAUGAACACACUGUGAAAACACUACGAACAAACUUUGUUCCAGACAGUGAACGCACCGUAAACAUACUGCGAAAACACUGUAAGCAGACUGUAGACACAUCUGGGGAGUGUUUCAUCAACAUUUUCAUCCGACAAGUUGUCAGAUCUGACAUCUUUCUCUGAUGUUGAUUGGCUGAGAGGUACUAUUACUAUGGUAACUGUCGGAUAAAAUGGGACUUGUCGGAUAAAACGUCCGACAAGUCCUUUCAUGAAACGCCCCCCUGAACACACUAUGAACAUACUGUGAAAAAAACUGUGAGCAUACUGCGAGCAUAUGCAAACACACUAUGAACCUACUGUGAUCACACUGUGAACACUAUAAGAACAAAGUUUGUUCCUGACUCUGAACACACUGCGUUCAGGGCAUGCUAGUUAAAAUAUGUCACUUUUUAUCCUCUGAACAAUUUUGUCUUUCCAAUCGUAAUAUUUUAAUUUAACCAUGGUAACAAGAUUACUUGAGUCAUUGAGUUAUAUACUGUUGAGUGUUUUUCAUAGAGCAAACAAAAUUAAAGAUGCAUUAGCCGAGACGUAAUACUGACAAUAUUGGCAGAAUUAUUCUGGCAUAGCCCUUUGUUUCGUUUUAAUUCAUGGAUUUGGGGAACAGGAUUAUCAACGUAACUGAUUUUUUAAUAUGAAAUAAGUUUAUAAUUUUGACAAUCUUGGCAGAAUUAUUCUGGCAUAGCCCUUUGUUUCGUUUCAAUUCAUGGAUUUGGGGAACAGGAUUAUCAACGUAACUGAUUUUUUAAUAUGAAAUAAGUUUAUAAUUUUCUGAUGAAGAAUGCCAAUUUAAUCCCCUAAGGUCUCUCUCCUAAGGUCCUCUCUUAACUAUAUGGAAAAUUGUAUUAAAAAAAAAAAAGAGGCUGAAAUUCCAAACUUAUAUGACUAACAUAUACGUAGAGCAAAUUAUUUAUAUUUUUUAGCGUUUUCCUUUUACUCUGUAGUUUGAAAUAUUUCUGGUCACAAAGGCCUAAUAGAAAUAACAUCCGAGAUAAUUGUAAUUUACUAUCGAUUGCACAUACCUCCCAACUGUGCCGUGGCCGAGUGGUCUAAAGCUCCUGGCUAUAGAUGGAAAGUCCGGAAUUCGAUCCCCGGCCACGACACUAAUGCUCUUUUAUCCUGCAUUUAAAUAAAUGGAAAUGCUUUACGCAUUAUUUGUAACUAGGUGUGCACUUGUUAAAAAAAAUUAAAACAUAUUUUUUACCAUUGUAAUUAAUCCUCUUAUUGUGAAUAUUUCUGUAGUGUUUAAAGAAUGUUCCUAUUUCUAUAAAUUUCUUAGUAAUUUCUUGGCUGUACAGGUUGGUAGCAGCGGCGUAACAGGGGUCGGUGGCCAGGGGGGGGGGGGGCAAGAGCCAAAAAUUUCCCGGUCAUAUCAUGGUAUGAACAGGCGUAAUGGUGUAAUGAGUCGACUAUUUUGAGAAGGCCAGAUAUUGCGUAUCGGGCAGAAUUUAUCUUUAAAAACAGUUGCGCGCGAGCGAAGCGAGCGAGCAAAAAUUUGGACCUUUUUAAUACAAAAAUCAAAUUUUGUGAUAGAUUUUGACAUGAUAUCCAGAAAACAAUAUAUUUCACUCUUCUCUCUUUAGAUUCCUUUUUUGUGGUAUGUACGAUACGCCACUGUGAACAGGAAUCUUUGUGGCAGUAGCGUGAAGAGU